GCAGUAACAGGCUCUCUUCUCCGAAACCAUGCCAGAGAUGACAGAGAAUGAGACACCUACUAAGAAGCAACACCGAAAGAAAAACCGGGAGACACAUAAUGCAGUGGAGAGACAUCGAAAGAAGAAGAUCAACGCUGGGAUAAACAGAAUCGGAGAACUCAUUCCCUGCUCUCCAGCACUUAAGCAAAGCAAGAACAUGAUCCUGGAUCAGGCCUUUAAGUAUAUAACUGAGAUGAAAAGACAGAACGAUGAGCUGCUGUUAAAUGGAGGGAACAAUGAACAGGCUGAAGAGAUAAAAAAACUCCGGAAACAGCUGGAUGAACUGCAAAAGGAAAACGGGAGAUACAUUGAGCUACUGAAAGCAAAUGAUAUUUGCCUGUAUGAUGACCCUACAAUCCACUGGAAGGGUAAUCUCAAAAAUGCAAAGGUCUCAGUUGUUAUUCCCAGUGAUCAGGUUCAAAAGAACAUCAUUGUCUAUUCAAAUGGGAGCCAACCCAAUGGAAAUAACCAGGGAGCCUCUGUCCAGGGAAUAACGUUUAAUGUUGGUCAUAAUUUACAAAAGCAAACGGCCAAUGUUGUGCCAGUCCAGAGAACUUGUAACCUAGUGACUCCUGUGACGAUUUCUGGUAUUUACCCGACAGAAAACAAGCCAUGGUCACAAACUACAGUUUCUCCACUGGCAUCUGCUCAGACAACUCCAGCAGGGAACGUUCGAGAGCUUUCCGCCCCGGAGAAUGAGCGAGGCGUACUCACCGCUGCUGCUGCCAGCUCGCAGAGCGCAUCUCGAUCCAGAACAGAAAAGCAACUACAGUGUUCUUCAAGUAAUGCACCGCAGAAUGAUCAAAAUCUCCCCAAAAGUAAAAAUGAUGAGGAGGGCACUGAAUUAACAAAGAAAACGCUCCUGCAGGGAAUCAGCCUUCCUUCCAGUGCCUCCACGGAAGCCUCCCAAGCUCAACAGGGGAAUGCAACUUGCUCAAAUGCACACAGUUCUAGGAGCGACCUUCAGGAAAGCGGUGUCGUUUCAGCCACGGACACAGCCUGUGCGCCGUCUGUGAGACCGGCCACUGCCCCGCCCCCUGCCAGCCCCCUGGAGAACUGCUGGUCGUUCUCGGGCUCUUCGGCUGUCGGCACGUCAGACUUGAAAAACAUGAGCAGCCUUACACGGAUGCCUUCGGCUGGAAACACGCAGACCACAUGGACAACUCUGCAGCUGGCGGGAAACACCGUUCAGCCGCUAAGCCAAACGCCGUCCGGUAUCAUGACUGCACUCUUAAACGAGCCGGUUAACGGUGCUGGUGCUGUAUCUGCUGCUCACAGCAGGCCUUUGGCUGCAGCUGUCAGUGUGAAUACUUGUCUGCCUGGAGAUGGCCAGGCAGCUGAGCAGAUCGUAGUCACCUUACCCUCGUGCCCGCCCUUGCCUCUGCAGCCGUUCAUCAGCCAGCCACAGGUGAAAACUCCGGCUGCAGGAAGUAUCCUUCCAUUAAAUUCAGCUAUGCAGGUGAUUCAGAUGGCCCAGCCAGUCGCGUCAGCGGUUGCGGGAGCACCGGCUAACCAGAACGUCAUCAUUCUCCAGCCUCCAAACCCCGCUCCGUGCCCGCCGAUUGUGAGAGCAGAAGUUCCCAGCCAAAACGUGAGUCAGCAAAUUGUAAUUAUACAAGCAGCUAAUCAGAACCCUCUUCCCCUCCUCUCUGCUCAGCCUUCUGCUUCCGUAAGAGUUCCCGUGAACGGGCCGACUGCAGUCGCGAACUCGAGCAGCUCCGUGCAAAACGCCUCUCUUCCACAGACUUUCGGAGGGAAACACCUGGUCCAUAUAUUACCAAGACCAUCUUCUUUGCCAUCUUCUAGCUCUACGCAAACGUUUUCAGUUACCGUGUCCAGUCAACAGCAUCCUCAAACUAUCUCACUGAACGGGCAGCUUUUUGCGUUGCAGCCUGUGAUGUCUUCAUCCGGAGCUUCAAAUCAAGCCCCUAUGCAAAUUAUUCAACCCACCACCAGCGAAGAUCCAAAUACCAACGUUGCCCUCAACACGUUCGGCGCUUUAGCUAACCUCAAUCAAAGCAUCUCGCAAAUGGCCGGGCAGAGCUGCUUACACUUGUCUCUCAGCCACCCUACCCAUCCCACAACGGUCAAUAACCAGAUUGCCACCGUUAACUGUGUGUCGUUACCAACUUCUGUGGCAUCUUCAGUACCUGCGGAGGUUCCAGUAUUGACGAGUGCUUCUAAUUCCAUCAACGCUUCCCCCAAAAAAGCGGCUGCUGGUUUGCCAUCCAAUGCCAAAUCAAAAAGGACAAACAAAAAGCCCGCUACGAAGAAACCCCACGCAGUCAACAGUAAAGCGUCCUGCCCCGCAGUUCCUUGCAAAGACGCAGGGAAGGCGGACUGUGCCCCUGUGGAAGCGGGGGCAAAGCCUUCGAGCGGCGAGGGGCUGCCCGGGAACGCUGCCGCAGUGACGCCCGUGUUGCCGACGCCGCAGGCGGGCGGUGCGGCAGCAUCGAGUGGUGCCAGCAUUGCUGGCUGCGGUUCCAAAGAGGCCACGAGCCCUGAACAGGCGCCCAGACCCUGCUCUGUCCCCGAACCAAGCUCGGCAGAGGCGCCCGCGUCCUCGCCGCUGGCAUCCGUGGUGUCGGAGCAGCCGGCGCUCGUCCCGCCGACUGCCAAAGACACUGCUCCUUGCCGGCAGGCCCGUGGGUCGCAGAACCGUCCACCAACCAGCUCUGCCUUGUCGGAGUCUCCCAAACCCUGUGAACCCCCCGGCACCUUAACAUCCUCUCGUUCCGAAGCACAUGUGACACCUUCUCAGGUUGCCGGGACGUCAGCGGCACGGAGCAGCACAGCGAGUCAUGCUUCCAAGGCAGGAACGAUUCCAGAGUCCUGCCAUGCGGCACAGGAUUCCUCAGCGGGAAUGCAAGAUGCGGACUUGUUAGAAGGACAGGGCCUAACCAAAAUGCUGUCUGAUCUCACAAAAGAAAGAGCAGCUGUGGAAAAAACCUCUUCCUUUACCGUUCAGGGGGAGCAGUCUAAUUUUCCCCUGGAAAACUCUAAAUCGGCAGAACCGAACGUUGAUUUGCCUGAGAAGCAGGAGCUCCUGCUGAUGAGCACAGAAGGCGAUUCUCUCUCCCAGCAUCACCCCUGCAUUUCUGACCAGGAGGUCGGCAGCACUUCCCUUAUCACCAGCAGGCAAGCGGACUCCCCAAUGUCAACCAGCUCUGGCAGCAGUCGAGGCUUCUCGGUUGCAUCUAUGUUGCCAGAUACCACCAGAGAAGAAGUGACGAGCAGCACCUCAACCAGUACCUGUAACAGCUGCACGUUUUCAGAACAGACCGACAUUGUAGCUCUCGCAGCAAGAGCUAUUUUUGACCAGGAAAACCUUGAGAAAGGUGGAGGAGGAAUACAGGUUAACAUGAGGGAUGCCAUCUCCAAGUCAACUGAAGUCGGACCUUUGGAGCGAGAGCAACAGCCUUUUAAACCUCAGCCAGUGAAAGAAAGCGAUGCAGCGCCGUUGGAGGCAGCGCCCAACAAAUUCAGUGCCCAAGACACAGCAGAGGCAAGCGUCGACAGACAGGUUGAGAAGCCAAGCUGCUCUGCAGGAGCCGUGGAAACGCCAGACGCGUCUUUGCAGAUCUCCGCCUCCCAGUCCCCGAGCAUAACCAGUUUAAGCGUAAACAAUCUGAUACACCAGAGUCGCAUCGUCCAUCCCCUUGUGAGCUGCUCGAGUUUGCCCCAGUCUUCAGAGCCAGCCAGCGUCCUUGCAACUGCCAGCCUCUCCCUUCCGUCCAGCACCUACGUCAGCCAGUCGCCGGGACCCGCGCUGAUGAGCGAGUACGCGCAGGAGCAGCUGAGCGCCCUGCGGGGCAGCGCCAUGCAGCCGCCCCAGCUGCCGGAAUCGCACUUAAAGCAGCAAAGCCACGAGGGUCGCAAGGACUCUGCCAAGCGGGCCGUCCAGGAUGACCUCCUGCUUUCUACAGCCAAGAGGCAAAAGCAGUGCCAGACGACGCCCGUAAGGCUGGAAGGGAUGGCCUUGAUGAACCGGACACCGGAGAGCAUGGCUGAUCAAACGCAGAUGCUAGUCGGCCAGAUUCCUCCCAAUUCAUCCAAUUCAGUGGCGCCAGUGAGCGGCCAAGGGCACGCCGAUGGCCUUAAUAGGUUAUUCCCAUCCAACAGCAACUUUGUGACACCGGCUCUGAGACAAGCUGAGGAUCAGUGCAGCUCUCAGCCACCCAUUUCGGAGCAGCAAGGCCAGGCAGGGCAGCACUUGCAGCCAAUUCAACACGUUCCUGCUCAAGGCAUAUCCCACCUUCACGGCAACCAUCCGUACUUAAAGCAGCAGCAGGCCGGCCAGCUAAGAGAGAGGCACCAUUUGUAUCAGCUGCAGCACCACGUCGCUCACGGGGAAAACUCGGUCCACUCUCAACCCCACGGCGUCCACCAGCAGCGAACAAUGCAGCAGGAAGUGCAGAUGCAAAAGAAACGAAAUCUCAUCCAGGGAACACAAGCCACGCAACUUUCUCUGCAGCAAAAACACCACGGAAGCGAUCAAACACGGCAAAAAGGCGGUCAGCCUCAUCCUCACCACCAGCAAAUGCAGCAGCAGAUGCAGCAGCACUUUGGAGCUUCCCAGCCUGAAAAGAACUGUGAAAAUCCCGCAACAAGCAGAAACCAUCAUAACCACCCUCAGAGCCACAUAAAUCAGGACAUUAUGCAUCAGCAGCAACAAGACGUUAGCGGCAGGCAGCAAGGUUCGGCUUCCGAACACGUGUCGGGGCACAGUCAGAUGCAGAGACUUCUGACCUCAAGGGGCUUAGAGCAGCAAAUGGUGUCCCAGGCAAGCAUCGUAACCAGACCGUCAGACAUGACGUGCACCCCUCAUCGGCAGGAGAGGAACAGAGUGUCCAGCUACUCUGCUGAAGCACUCAUUGGGAAGACGCCCUCGAAUUCGGAACAGAGAAUAGGUGUGUCUCUUCAAGGCCCUAGGGUCUCUGACCAGCUUGAAAUGAGAAGUUAUCUCGAUGUUUCUCGAAAUAAAGGGUUGGUCAUCCACAAUAUGCAGGGCCGCUUAUCUGUCGACCAUGCGGUUGGCUCGGAUGUGCAGCGGCUUUCCGACUGUCAGACGUUUAAGCCAGCUGGACCCAGUCAACAACCGACGGGCAAUUUCGAUGGACAGGCCUCAAGGAGCGGCGAAAUCGGUAAUUCGGUGUCAUCCCUCAGGGGUAUGCAGUCGCAAGCGUUUCGGAUCGGUCAAAAUACCGGGGCACCCAUAGAGAGACAGAAGAGAUUGCCCUACCAGCCAGUACAGGGCAUUCCAACGGGAAACACCCUGCCGUCAAGGGAGAACGAAAACACGUGCCACCAAAGCUUUAUGCAGAGUUUACUUGCCCCUCACCUUGGAGAUCAAGUUAGCGGAAGCCAAAGAUCAAUCCCAGACCAUCAAAGGAACACACAGUGCGGCGCCUCCUCCACCAUUGAGUACAGCUGUCCCCCGGCACGAGAGAGCGUCCACAUCCGCAGGGACGGUGACGGCCCGGGUAGGGAGAGCUGUGACAUGUCUAUUGGUGCAAUUAACACAAGGAACAGUUCUUUGAAUAUUCCUUUUUCAAGUUCUUCUUCCUCGGGAGAUAUUCAGGGUCGCAAUACAAGCCCAAACAUCUCUGUGCAGAAGUCCAAUCCCAUGAGGAUGACGGACAGUCAUGGAACUAAGAGCCACAUGAAUACGCCUGUUUCUAGCAACAUGCAUGGAGUUGUGAGGCCAACUCAUCCUCACCCUGCAGUUUCUCACGGAAACGGCGAGCAAGGGCAGCCUUCUGUUCGUCAGCCAAAUUCCUCAGUUACUCAGCGGUCGAGGCAUCCUCUGCAAGAUAAUGGAGGUUCCAAAAUACGUCAGCCUGAAAGGAAUCGAUCUGGAAAUCAAAGACACGGAAACGUCUUCGACCCUAGUCUUCCCCAUCUUCCUCUCUCCACCAGCGGCAGUAUGAUCCUUGGGCGCCAGCAGUCUGCGAUAGAAAAAAGAGGAAGCAUUGUCCGAUUUAUGUCUGAUGGCCCUCAGGUGUCUAACGAUAACGCGGCCCCCGACCAACAUACUCUCUCUCAGAAUUUCGGAUUCCCGUUUAUUCCGGAGGGUGGCAUGAAUCCCCCGAUAAACGCCAACGCCUCUUUCAUCCCACCGGUCACUCAGCCCAGCGCCACUCGAACGCCAGCUCUAAUCCCGGUCGAUCCUCAGAAUACGCUGCCGUCCUUCUACCCGCCGUACUCUCCUGCCCACCCUACCCUUUCCAAUGACAUUUCUAUCCCUUACUUUCCCAAUCAAAUGUUUCCUAACCCGAGCACGGAGAAGCCAAGUAGCGGAAGUUUGAACAACCGAUUUGGAUCCAUUUUGUCUCCUCCCAGGCCCGUGGGUUUUGCUCAGCCCAGUUUUCCUUUGCUUCCGGAUAUGCCACCGAUGCACAUGACCAACACGUCGCACUUAUCCAAUUUUAACUUGACGUCUUUGUUUCCAGAAAUAGCCACAGCUCUUCCUCCAGAUGGUUCAGCAAUGUCGCCUUUGCUCUCCAUUGCAAACACAUCCGCUUCCGAUUCUUCCAAGCAGUCCUCGAACCGGCCUGCCCACAAUAUAAGCCAUAUUCUCGGUCACGACUGCAGCUCGGCCGUAUGA